GUUAUACUCUUACUAUAGUAGUCAUUGUUACUAUAGUAAGACAAUCUCUUGUACUAUAUAUAUUCAUUAAUACAACUCAAGAAGGUAUGCUCUUUUGCCCUUCUUACAUGGUAUCAAAGCAGGAACCCUAAUGUGGGGAUAUCGAUCCAUAGCCAUCAUCCACCAUAAGUCUCACCUUUUUCCAUAGGUGUCUUUUCUUUUGGUUUUCUAUCUCCCUGGUACUGCUACAGUACUAUCGCUACAGUGCUGCUAUAGUAUCAUCACUACAGUACCGGUAGUGCUACAGAGCCUCUGCUACAGUAUUUUCAGCCUUUUUAUGGUUCCUCUUUGCUCCUCUGGUGCCGCUAGGACUAUCGUACUGUUGGUUGCUCGUAUCGCUCGGUUCUUUCCUUGGUGCGGUCGAUCUUAUUUGGUAAUAAGUGGUUCCUCUCUCGUGUGGUAGAAAUCAGGUGGUAAACAUGUCUUCUUCUACCUCAAAUUUGCCAAUUGUUAACAUCAAAACUCUCAUACCACUAGAACUCACCAAUUCCACAUAUCUUGUGUGGAAACAAGUCUUUCUUAAUGUUCUAGAAAGUUUUGGUGUUACAACACAUGUGGACAGAACUAGUGUUGUGCCUUCUCAGACUAUCGAUACUGCUGAUAAGAAGGUGGUUAUAAAUCCUGAAUAUGUAAGUUGGAAAAAGACGAUACUACUAUACUUUCAUGGAUUAAUGCCACUUUAUCUCUUAGCAUAUUACAUAUGGUUGUUUCUAGCUCACCUAAAACUACAUAUGAUACUUGGAGAAUUAUUGAGGCAUAUUUUCUUGAUAAGACUGCUUCCACGGCUUUUUCUCUAAAGUCUGAAUUGCGGAGCAUCAAGUCAAUGAGCAAAAGUGAUUACAUGCAAAAGAUCAAGACGAUUGGUAAUGCUCUUCAGGCGAUUGGUGAAAUCGAGUCAGGCUAUAAUUUGGUCAUGACUGUUCUUCUAGGGCUACCAGAGGAAUAUCGAGAUUUUGUUAGUGCUCUAAACACACACAGAAAUAAGCCAACUUUUGAACAACUUCGUCCACUCUUGAUGCAAGAAGAAACAGAAGUCCAGCGUCGUACUAGUGUGACUACGUCCUCUACUAUUCCCACUAUUGACGGUGAAGCUCUUUAUGCCAAUCGUGGACGUGGUAAUCAUGGAGGCCGUGGAGGUAGAUAUCGUGGAGGCCGAGGACAGCAUGGUAGACACUACUCUGGUCGUGGAUCUCCUGGAAUCUACCCACAGUCUCAACCCAAUUAUCCUCAACAAUCUCACAUUCCAAAUCAACAACCGUAUAUUCCGAAGUCUGGCAUACAAUGUCAGAUAUGUGGAAAGUUCAAUCAUUCUGCUCUUCAGUGCAGACAACGCUUCAAUCAUUCUUUCGCUGCUGAUGAAGUUCCUCAGACCUUUGCUGCUAUGAACCUUCACGAACCCGGUGAGGAAGUCUGGUAUCCGGAUACCGGAGCAUCAAAUCAUAUGACCGCAAACUCUGGACAAGGAAAUAGGGAAGGAGCUUCUUCGAUGUCCUAGCUCGGGAACAUCACUUUAUCUAAUUUCUUCUAAACUUGCAAGUGUAGGGAAUUAGCAACAACUAGCUCUUGUUGCAUCUAGGUUUAGUGGAGAUGUCUGGCAUAGACGGUUAGGCCAUCCUAGUUUUCCUGUUCUUUCUACAUUUAUUAAAAGCAAUAAAAUUGUUUCUGAUUUUGCACUGAAAUUAUCUGUCUGCAAUGCUUGUAAUAUGGGAAAACAUGUUAAACUCUCAUUUCAUGAUUCGGAAUCUCAAUCUGCUUUUCCUUUUCAUAUUGUUCAUUCUGAUGUUUGGCAAUCACCUGUGCCCUCGGUUUCUGGAUACAAAUAUUAUGUUAUUUUUAUCGACGAUUAUUCUAGAUUUUCCUGGCUUUAUCUUUUAAAAUUUAAACAUAAAGUUUUUGACAACUUUCUCGAGUUCAAGAAGAUAGUUGAAAAUAUAUUUCACAGUUCAAUAAAAAUUUUUCAAUCUGACAUUGGUACGGAAUUUGUAAAUGAUAAGUUUUCUAGUUUUUGCUCACAAUAUAGAAUUAUUCACCGAUUUUCUUGUCCUUACACUUCUCAACAAAAUGGCCUUGCUGAGAGAAAACAUAGGCAUUUAUCUAACAUUAUUAGAAGUCUAUUGUUUCAAGCUGGCUUGCCUCCUCGUUUUUGAGCUGAGGCAAUUCAAACUGCUGCUUUUCUUAUAAAUCGAUUCCCGUCUCUUACUGUUUUAAAUGGGCGGUCACCAUAUGACAUUCUCCAUGGUUGUGCUUCUCUUGACUUGCAACUUAUCAGAGUCUUUGGAUGUUUGUGUUAUCCCAAUGUUCAGGACAUUGCAGAUCACAAGCUCUCUCCCCGAUCACUUCCUUGUGUUUUCUUGGGCCUUUCUGACAAACAUAAAGGCUUUCGCUGCCUCUAUCCGAGCACUGGUAAAGUUUUUAUUUCUCGCCAUGUUACUUUUGUUGAAACUGUUUUUCCUUACUCUUGUCUGUCUAAAUUUUUUUCCUCACCUUCCCCUACUAACUUAAAUUUUCAAAUGUUUCAACAUUUUCUUUCUAAUCCUCCGUUAUUGGGCGAAAGUCCUUCCUCUAUUGAUGCUAUCUCUGGUUUUUCCUUCACACGCCCUUCUACAGACAUUGGUUCAAAUGUAUCUGUUUCACCGUCUGGGACUGUAUCGACUUUUCCUUCCACCUUGAAUCAUGAUGCCACACAGGUUAGUGAUGAACAUGCUGCCACUGUUGUUGGUCCACCUGAACUCCGAGUCCAUACCAGACGACACACCCUCCGACCUACUGCUGCUACAGCAUCACCUUCUCCUGUUGAGUUGACGCCUUCCACAUCUGACAGGCCACCUUCACCUCAGCCUAUUGAGCCUUCUUUACCAAUCCAAACACAAUCUAUGCUUACUCGAUCUAUGACUAAGAAUUUUGCCGGGUCUACCUCCUUCCUAGCUUCUACACAUACUACUCUUCCUACUGAGCCUACCACUUUUCAUGAAGCUUUUCAGGAUGCAGGUUGGUGCGUUGCCAUGGCUGAAGAAUUUCAUGCAUUACUCAUCAAUGAUACUUGAGAGCUUGCUCCUGCUCCUCCUUCUGUCAAUCUUAUUGGCUGUAAAUGGGUCUACAAAGUCAAACAAAAGGCGGAUGACUCUCUUGAGCGUCUUAAAGCUCGACUAGUGGCUCAGGGUUACAAACAACAACAAGGCAUUGAUUUUGAUGAGACUUUUUCUCCGGUUGUCAAGUCGACCACUAUUCGUACUGUUAUUUCGGUCGCUCUCUCCUCUGGAUGGUCUCUCCGACAACUUGAUGUGAAGAAUGUCUUUCUUCAUGGCACUCUCUCUGAGGAGGUUUAUAUGAAACAACCACCUGGCUUUGUGCAUCCUUCACUUCCUAGUCACGUUUGCCGUCUACGCAAAGCUCCUCGGGAUUGGUUUCAGCACUUCACUUCCUUUCUUUCUGAGAUUGGUUUUGUUGGCAGCACUGCUGAUCCCUCGAUGUUUGUUUGUCAUUCCUCUUCUGGCACUCUUUUUCUCCUUUUGUAUGUUGAUGAUAUUAUUGUCACCGGCAAUUCCUCAUCUCUUCUCGAUGCUCUUAUCGUCACUUUACAACGCGAAUUUGCCAUGAAGGAUCUCGGACAGCUGCAUUAUUUUUUGGGUAUUGAGGUUUAUCGCUCCCCCUCUGGUCUUCAUCUAUCUCAACAAAAAUAUGCGCAUCAACUGCUUCAGCGACAUAGUUUUCUUGACAGUAAGCCCGUUUCUACUCCUCUUUCGCCAACAUCUCCUCUCUCUUCCCAUGAGGGGCAUCUUCUUGAGGAUCCAUACUCUUAUCGUCAGAUAGUUGGUGCUCUCCAAUAUCUCACUUUCACCAGACCGGACAUCUCAUAUGCCGUCAACUCUGUUGCCCAGUAUCUCCAUGCACCUCGUGAACCGCACAUGCAAGCGGUCAAGCGUAUUCUGCGUUAUAUUUGGGGGACGCUGUUUUAUGGCCUUCCUAUCUCUCACUGCAACAAUCCUUCUUUUGUGGCCUUCGCUGAUGCUGAUUGGGCUGGUUCCCCGGAUACACGUCGCUCUACUUCUAGAUAUUGUAUUUUUCUGGGGCCAAAUCUUAUCUCCUGGUCCGCUAAGAAACAACCCACCAUUUCUCGUUCUAGUUCUGAAGCAGAGUAUCGUGCUGUAGCCUACACACUUGCUGAGACAGUCUGGAUUCGUCGUCUCCUUCGUGACCUUCGUGUUUUCUUAUGGCGCUCUCUAUCAGUAUUUAUUGCGAUAAUCUCAGCACCACCUACCUUGCGGCCAAUCCUGUUCUCCAUGCUCGCACAAAGCACAUUAAACUUGACCAUCAGUUCUUGCGGGAAAAGGUUCAAUCUGGUGAUUUGACCUUAAUUCAUAUUCCUUCUGACAAGCAACUUGCCGAUAUUUUCACCAAGCCCCUGUCAUCCUCUCGGUUUUCGAUAUUGCGGCUCAAUCUUCAUAUCCGACCACCGGA